AUGAAACUUGAUACUUUAAAUAGUCCCAGUGGUAUCCUCUUCCCUCAACGAAGUCAACGCAUUCCCAGUCAACUGUUCCCUGUACUGCUGCACCACCAGCACCGACGCCGUCCUGAACUCCGGCAUGAUCAACAGGUUCCCGACCGGCCCAAGCUCCGGACACUCGCAUCCCCCGCUCUUCUUGCCGAGCUCCGCCGCCAGCUGGCCCUCCGGAAUCCUCCCCACCACGUAAAGAGUACAGCGGCCAAACGACCGGAUCACAUCAGCGGCCACGUCAGCGCCAGCCACCACCCGUUCCUCGAACUUGAUCGACCCGUCCUUGGAUACCUUGCUCUUGAAAUCCGAGACAAACUCCUCGUCGUCCGACCUCGACUCCGGCCCGUCAUCAAUGUCGACAGCCACGCUACCCCCCGCGGGACUCGGGCCUCGGUCGAGCACGAACCGGACCACGUUUAG